CGCCCGCCUCCCGCCGGGGGCUCUCCUGCCUCGCCAUGCCGCCGUGGGACGCCGCCCUCGCCCUGCUCCUGGCCGCGCUCGCCCUGCUUGGCCUGCUCGUUCCGCGGCUGCGGCGCCCCAGGAGGCGCGCCGUCGGAGCGAGGACCCUGCCGGGGGCCCGGGGCCAGGACGACCAGGAAGAGGUGGACGGCAGGGGCCCCGCGGACCAGUUCAGCGACGGGCGUGAGCCGCUGCCCGGCGGGUGCAGGCUCAUCUGUAAGCCGUCGGCGCUGGCCCAGUGCCUGCUGCGCGCCUUGCGACGCUCGGCAGCGCUGGAGCCGGGCCCGCGCUCCUGGCUUUCCGGGCCCCACCUGCAGACCCUCUGCCACUUCGUGCUGCCCGUGGGGCCGGGGCCUGAGCUGGCCCGGGAGUACCUGCAGUUGGCGGACGACGGGCUGGUGGCCCUGGACUGGGUGGUGGGACCUUGCGCCCGGGGCCGCCGGGUGACAAACGCCGGGGGCCUUCCGGCGGUGCUGCUGGUGAUCCCCAAUGCGUGGGGGCGCCUCACCCGCAACGUGCUCGGCCUCUGCCUGCUCGCCCUGGAGCGCGGGUACUACCCGGUCAUCUUCCACCGCCGCGGCCACCACGGCUGCCCGCUGGUCAGCCCCCGGCUGCAGCCUUUCGGGGACCCGUCCGACCUCAAGGAGGCGGUCACUUACAUCCGCUUCCGACACCCAGCGGCCCCGCUCUUCGCGGUGAGCGAGGGCUCGGGCUCAGCGCUGCUGCUGUCCUACCUCGGCGAGUGCGGCUCCUCCAGCUACGUGACGGGUGCCGCCUGCAUCUCGCCGGUGCUGCGCUGCCGCGAGUGGUUUGAGGCCGGCCUGCCCUGGCCCUACGAGCGGGGCUUUCUGCUCCACCAGAAGAUCGCCGUUAGCAGGUACGCCACGGCCCUGGAGGACACAGUGGACACCCGCAAACUGUUCAGGAGCCGCUCUCUGCGAGAGUUUGAGGAGACCCUCUUCUGCCACACCAAGAGUUUUCCCAUCACCUGGGACACCUAUUGGGACCACAACGACCCCCUCCGGGAUGUAGAUGAAGCCGCCGUGCCUGUGCUGUGUAUCUGUAGUGCUGAUGACCCCGUGUGUGGGCCCCCAGACCACUUCCUGCCGACUGAACUCUUUCACAGCAACCCCUACUUCUUCCUCCUGCUCAGUCGCCACGGAGGCCACUGUGGCUUCCUGCGCCAAGAGCCCUUGCCAGCCUGGAGCCAUGAGGUCAUCUUGGAGUACUUCCGGGCCUUGACUGAGUUCUUCCGAACAGAAGAGAGGAUGAAAGGGCUGAGCAGGCGCCGAGCUUCGUUCCUAGGGGGCCGGCGACGCUGGGGAACCCUGCAGAAGCGGGAGAUCUCUCCCUCUUCCAAUCUGGAGGAGAUCUUUAGCUGGAAGCGAUCGUAUACAAGGUGAGACCUGGCCUGGGAACCCCUCAGUUCUGGAAGGAAGAACAGAGCUGGGGAUGGGAGAGUCCUGAAAGGUGAUGAGGGCCGAAUGGGGCAAGCAGCUCCAGCUCUUUGCCACUGAUUCAGCCCAUUCUCUCUUAAACUGGUCUGUGGAAAGACAUGGAACUUCCAGCAAGCUGGCGCUGACUUUACCCUGAGCAGAACUCCUGCUCAGACUCUGCUCAACACAUUCCUGCUCAUCCUGGUCAGCAGCUGGGCAUUCCCGGUCACUGUCUCCUGUCACCAACCGCAUAAGCCAAAGAAUAGCACCAUUUAAGCCCAUGGAGGGCCGGCCCCGUGGCUUAGCGGUUAAGUGCGGGCGCUCUGCUACUGGCGGCCCAGGUUCGGAUCCCGGGCGUGCACCGAGGCACCGCUUCUCCGGCCAUGCUGAGGCCGCGUCCCACAUACAGCAACUAGAAGGAUGUGCAACUAUGACAUACAACUAUCUACUGGGGCUUUGGGGAAAAAAAAGGAGGAGGAUUGGCAAUAGAUGUUAGCUCAGGGCUGAUCUUCCUCAAAAAAUAAAUAAAUAAAUAAGCCCAUGGACUCAGGAGAAAAUGCUCUUUCACUAGCAAUGACUGCAGAGAAGAUGAGUUUAUGUGUGUCACUGGGCAGCUCUGUCCCACAUAAAUCAUCAGCUCUGUGACCCUGAUUCUCAAGCUGGAGCCAUUGAUGUAGUGGAGCCUCGAUGUAGUGAGGACAGGAUGUUUGUGUCUCAGUCCCACUUCCCUCAUUUUGUUCUGUGGUUGUGGUGCUUUGCUGACUUAACGCGGCCACAGCCGUGGAAGCGGGCUCACAGAGCUGUGUCAGUCUUGCGUGAGUGUGAGGAAGGUGGCAGAGGCAGUAAGUGCUGUGCUGAAACUGGGUUGGUGAGGGCGACAAGGUAGAGAGUGUGAAUGCCUGUGUCUGGAGUACUGAGGUCCGGUCUUUCAGACAAGUUCUCCAAGUUGGGAAUGGGGCUGAUCUGGGGCUUCAGCCUAGGACCUCAAGCCUCACUGGAGAGAUCCCAAGGAUGAUUUUAGGAAUGCGAAGUCCUCACACACAGGGUCUGCUGGACCAUGGCUCAAGGAGCCAGAUUCUCAGGCAGUCUAGCUGUUCCCUCUGGUACCAUUUUGGGGGAUUACUCCAGAGAGCCCUAGCCAGAGCCAUGUUCUCCUGAAAUGGGGGCUUUCUGUAAGUGGUGAAAAGUAUAAACCUCAUAUCUUAGGUGUUUUCUGGUUAGUUGCCCUCUUUUCUGACACUACUGCUAGUCCCUCCCUCUCCAGAGCCUGGAGAGACAUCUGGGACCAGAGAAAACAAAAGUUCCAAGAUGUUGGCUAGAGCUGACUCAGUGAUUUAUGAAUAUUUCACAUUACUAUGCUUUUUCUGCUAAAUUAUUCAAAAAGCCGU